AUGUACACCGACUACGCACUGCUACUCAACACGGUGCUCAGCGAAUGUGGCUGUGCCGACCCGUCAUUGCAGCACACGGCCGAGACGGUUCCUCUGGUCUACCGCACACUGGCAGAGCACAACUACUACCUCCUGUACGUCGUCUCCGUUGUCAAGGCCCUCCUGCACGAGGACGAUGCGGCAUUCGCGCAUCUGGCACGUGCGCAGGCGCAGCGACAGGAGGUAGCCGCAGAGACCUUGCCGACACCGGCGCCGCAUGUGAGGUCUGUUUCUUCCUCUCCUAUCCCACCCCUCGCGCCGUCCGACAGCCUCGACAUGCACCUCACCAUCAUCGGUGGGGGCACGUGCUGUGAACUGAUGCUGCGGCUGAUCUGUGGUCAUGGCUGUGCUGGCGGCGGCCGUGGGACUGGGAUCUUGUGCGGUACGGCUACUCGAGAUCCACUAGUGCAUCCAUCGCACAUCACUGUCAUCACACGGCAACCAGAGCGUCUGGCACGCUACGCGGAUCUGGGAGUACAUUGCCUCGCUCGUCAUCACGGUCGACAGGCAGUGGAGCGCAGCGACGUGGUGGUGCUGGCCUGCCCUCCAGCGCAGCUACAGGAAAUUGCGCGAGACCUCUUUACCUCCGCGGCGAUGGAGACGGCCGCGAGCGCGGGGUCUUCUCAAAAAAAGCCGGCAACAACAGCGUCAUCGCCAUCGCUGCCGUCUGGAGCUGCUGCGACGCCCUUGCUGAGGUCGAAUGCUGUGCUGCUGUUCUGCAUGGCCGGCUUGCCGGUGCGCAAGGUGGCACAGGCGUUUCAGCACUCCUCGCUCAAUCUGAUCUUUAUGCCGUCACUCCACACGUUCAGCACGCUCUCCCCGUGCGCCGCACCGUCGUGUGAUGGCGACGAGCCGUCCACGGCCGUCUCUUGCUCUGCGUAUUCACCAACAAGGGGGGUGCCGCUGCCGACCAAAAUGCCGCGGACCCCGGCGCAGUGCGACAAGUCCCUUGAGGAGCAUUCUAUCGAAGGCGCAGGGGAAUGCUUUACGGCCGCCAUGGCCGCGUACCGCAGCGCGCGACUUUCCGAGAUGCACUCCUCGACGUCAUUUCUGCGUCCUGCAGUGCUGCAGCAAGCCGCAACGAGCGCUGCUGCUGGGGCGGCAACGGCGCCCGAGGCCACCCGCUCGCGGGUACCGCCCCUGCCUGGCGGCACGCUGUAUCCGACUGCCGCCGCGCCACCCAGACUCACCGACUUCACCGCCGGACGACACCCUUCCACGUGUCCCACCCUGGCAGAAUACCUGGAUCUCUGGCGCGUGGUGAAGGCGUACGUGCAGGCGACCUUUGCAGAGGAGGCGCUGAAGCUUGCUCGGGCUCGCAGCAGUGCUGGUGGUGGCCCCCAGCAACGUUGCAGCAACACUGGGACAGGCGACAGCUACGGCGGUCUUGUGAGUGUUGUGCUGCCAGACACGACAUCGAAGCGCCGCCGCGAGUCAGAACCUGGUAAAGUCGAGGCCGAGCUGCUGCCUGCCCUGGUACUCCUACCAGCUGCGCAGACGAGGGUAUUAUGGGACGCGUGGUGGGGCAACAGUGGGCGCGGCGGUCUUUUAUUCAGGGGCGCUGCCGCGCCGCCACUGCCACCUUCCGUGACAGGCGUGACGGGUAUGUGGCUGUGCCGCGUCUACACGAGCGCGGCUUCCCUCAAAACCAGCCUUGACGACCAGUUCCGUCACCUUCUCGGUGCCUGCACGCGGUGA